AUUAAAAAUUAUUCAGUGCCUGUCAUUGGAGAUUAAUUUAGAUGGUAGAUAUGCAAUAUACAUAUUCCUGUCUAUCAGAUAUGUAAGCGGCACCUCCCAACUGUCUUGUUCAAUACCUAAUACAUUGUAGCACGUUCACAUAUUAAUUUGAUAUAGAGCUAAGGCUCAGCCAAAGCCGAAGGUCAUCUAGGAGCAUCAGUUAACUAACAAUCAUAUCAAUGCACUUGGACUUGACGAAGUUUUGCCAUUGUAUUAAAAGUUUUGUAUAUUCUGAUUCAAAUUCAAAACGAGUGUCAAUUGUCCAGUGAUCCAUGUCAGUGCAGUUUUGUGGUUGUUUCUGUCAGCAUUUUAACUGUAAGUGCUGUAUGUGGCAGGGUUGCUUAACUCAAAGCUUUCAUUUUUAUUAGAAAAACGACUGGUUUCUGUGAAAACCUCAUGGGUGUGUAUACAGCUGUCUGCUCUCUAGCAGUUUUUGAGUGAUUGAGUGAAGGUGCCGAACAACCGGCUUCGCAGCCGCUUGCAAUUCCUACCGUUUGAGUAACCUCCCGUUGCCCAAUUCUUCCACGAACCUCCCGACUUUUUUUUUUUCCCCUCCGUUGUCACGCCCCCAAGUGCUCUGGGUAGUAGAGGAGCCAUGGGGGAAACCACGGAGGACGGUUUGAACUAAUCUGUUUCUCCUGACGACCACCCAAAACCCAGAGAGAGCAGUGAGGAGGUGGCCAGGCCUACAGGGGAGCCUCGUCAUGCUGGAAUGACAGGGCUCUGCUUUGCAAAGGCCCUGUUGGCAGGUGGCGUUUGACGACAAUGAGGACAUUUUUGGGGUAACGACUGAUGGAAUGGGAAUGAUGAACGUCCCGGAUGGGCGCUCGAAAGUCUCCACCUAUACGGCUCCUGUCUCUGAGAAGAGCAGCAGCUCUGAGUCUCUCAGCGACAGGGGCUCCUCUGAACUUAAGAAGAGCUUUGACGCCGUGGUGUUUGACGUCCUCAAGGUCACCCCAGAUGAGUAUGCGGGCCAGAUCACACUCAUGGAUGCCCCCGUGUUCAAAGCUAUCCAGCCCGAGGAGCUGUCGAGCUGUGGCUGGAAUAAGAAGGAGAAGCACAGCUCUGCCCCCAACGUGGUGGCCUUCACACGCAGGUUCAACCAGGUCAGCUUCUGGGUGGUCAGGGAGGUCCUCCACGCUCAGACCCUGAAGAUCAGAGCCGAAGUGUUGAGCCUCUACAUCAGAACCGCCAAGAAACUGUGUGACUUGAACAACCUCCAUGCAGUGAUGGCCGUGGUGUCAGGCUUACAGAGUGCCCCGAUCUUCAGGCUCUCGAAGACAUGGGCGCUCCUGAGCCGGAAGGACAAGGCCGUGUUCGAGAGACUGGAGUACUUGAUGUCCAAAGAGGACAACUACAAGCGUUUGAGGGACUACAUCAGGAGCCAGAGCAUGAAUUCCUGCAUCCCAUACCUCGGGAUGUACCUAUCCGACCUGACUUAUAUAGACUCUGCCUACCCCUCCACGGGCAGUAUCCUGGAGAGCGAGCAGCGUUCCAACCUCAUGAACAACAUUCUGCGGAUCAUCUCUGACCUGCAGCGCUCUUGUGAAUAUGAUGUACCGUUGCUGCCUCACGUCCAGAAAUAUCUGAACUCCGUCUGGUACAUUGAGGAGCUGCAGAAGUUUGUGGAGGACGACAAUUACAAUUUAUCUCUGAAGAUCGAGCCUUGUGCCAGCACGCCUCGCUCCGCCCUCUCCAGGGAGGACCUUGAAGGUCCAGAUGUGUCGGCGUCCCCCCUGUGCGGGCGUAAGGGCCAUGUAGCGGAGGGCGCCCUGGCCAAGGUGCCACAAACACCCCCUUCCCCACGCAACCUUCUCCCCCACGGCCACAGGAAGUGCCAUAGCCUGGGCUACAACUUCAUCCAUAAGAUGAACACGGUGGAGUUCAAGAGCGCCACCUUCCCCAACGCCGGCUCCAGACACCUGUUGGACGACAGCGUGAUGGAGAGCCACGCCCCCGCCCGCGGCCAGGCCGAGAGCUCCACCCUGUCCAGUGGCAUCUCCCUGGGCAGCAGUGAUGGCUCAGAGCUCAGUGAGGAGAUGCCCUGGCCAGCCUUCGAAAGGAGCCGCUUCUAUCACUCUCUGGGCCCGGUUACCAGGGUGGGUCGCAUCCGAGGAAGUUCCAAGGCCAGCAGCUCGGCAGAGUCCGAAGAGCUGGCCGUCCACCUGUACCCCGGGGCCGUCACGGUGCAGGGGGUCCUGCGGAGGAAGACCCUGCUGAAGGAUGGAAAGAAGCCCACAGUUGCCUCUUGGACUAAGUACUGGGUGGCGUUAAGUGGCACUCAGCUCUACUACUAUCCCGCCAAGUCUCUGAAAGCCACGGAAAGGAAACACUUUAAAUCCACGUCCAGCAAGAAUGUCUCGGUUUUGGGCUGGAUGUCCAUGAUGGCCGACGACCCAGAACACCCCGACGUCUUCCUGCUGACGGACUCCGAGCGAGGCAACUCCUAUAAAUAUCAAGCAGGGAGCCGGAUGAACGCCCUGCUGUGGUUUAAGCAUCUGAGUGUGGCCUGCCGGAGCAACCGGCAGCAGGCACGCAUCAGCGAAUCCGUCGCCACACACACACGCCCACAGUGGGGCUGCUUGGACAGCCGCGGCAUUUAAUUAUAGCCCGAUACCUGUAAAUCUGACUUUAAAUUUAAACACUUCACUUUCACAGAACAUUCAUUCCUUCACUGUACAGUGCUAUUUAUUUAUGAGCCAUUAAUAAAGAACUCCAUGCAGUACUUUCCCUGACAUUCUUCGUACUGUUACUGGUUAUUAUCAGUUGCUCAUUACAGUCUUUUUUUUGCAGUCUGUGAGCUGUGCAAUUAAUAAAGUAUUUAUUUGUCUGUCUGUUCUUCUGUCUUUCUUUCCCUGUCUGUGCCCGUCUGUCCAUCUCUCUCCAUUUCUUAAAAUUGUACUGUCACUGUCCAUCUGUCUUUGUCUCACUGUGUGUGUGUCUGUCUGUCAGUCUACUAAAUUAAUAGCAGAGCUCUACUUAUGAUUAUGACUGAUUAAAAGUUCCAUCUCUCCUUCUCUGUCUCCAUCUCUGUCCGCCUUUGUCUCUCUGACUCUCAUUCUAUCCCCCUCUGUCUGUCUGUCUGUCCCUCUCUCUGUCCUUUCUCUUCCUCGCCCUAGCUGUCUGAUGGUCUGUCUGUCCAAAUUGUGAAUGAUUGCAGGACUCUACUUAUGAACCUAAAUGAUAAAAUGAAUCCCUUUGCUAUCUGGCAGGCUCCAGCCAAUCUGAUGUCUUUCGAGUGACUGCUCUGGGGGACUGGAGGCAUGAGACUCAGCAGCCAUUGGAGGGUGCUGCCCACCACCUCCGUCACAGUGACCUGCCACCACCACCUCGAGGAGCAUGGAGGAGCACGGGUGUGAGAGGCUGUCGUCCGCGCACACACAACACCCGCCUCGCCUGCUUGUGGAUGCUCCUGCACACGAUGCUUCUCCGCUGCUCUCUCAGAUCACCCACAGAGGGCAGCUUCAGACAUCGGCCUUCCAUCAUCCAUGUCUUCACAAGUUCUUGCUCACUUUGACGAACCGCAAAAAGGGCUUGCAUUCCCAUUCCUAACUCCAGCACAAUGAGUGCAGCUCCUGAAUGUCCUCACACCCUCGCCUGGAAGUCUGUAUCGGAUCACCCGAUCACUCCAGGCUUCUCUGACGUCCCAGAGGAUCCUUGUGUGCUGUGUUCUACACUAAUGUUUUGGUUUUUUUGUUUUAAUUUUUAUGAAAUACUAUGUCUUGUAUUACUGCAUAACCACUUAUCACUUUUGAUGUCACUACUGUACCAGAGAAUGUGACGUGUCAAGACCUCCUGAGUCUUGUGUCCUUGCCUGAAACACAAGACACGCAUGUCUCUCUGUCCAACUAUGUCUUUGUCAGUGUAUCCCCCCCCCCCUCUCCUUGUGGGCUAAGCUGGCUUAGGUGCUUUAAGGUCAGCUGACUCAUUCCAGACCAAUACGUUGACCUGAUUCCAUGUUCCUUUUGGUAUUUUUUUUUCUCUUUUCUUGACAUGAGUGUCACAUUUUCAGCCUGCUGACGUUUGGUUUGGCAGGCUGCACACUCCACAUUUAAACAGGCUCUCAGAAAAGCCCUUCCUGCCAUCCUGUGGGGGGAAUUGGGGGGGGGGGGAGUUGAACUUUCAUUAUUUUAUUUCCAAAUGACCCCGAGAUGCAAGCUGUACUGAAGCUGUGAUGUGAUUUUCGUGUUUGUAUCUGUCUGAUACGAUUCAUCGUAUCUUUUUUCCUUGGGGGUGGGAUUGACAGUAUUAGUGCUGCACAUUGUUUGUUCUAUAGGGUCUGUUACAUUUGUAUAUUUUUUUUUUAUACACUUCUAUGGCCCCCGGUACUACUUUUCUGCUAAGCGGGUGUUUUGUAAGCGUGUCCUCGUUUUGUAGUGUGGUUGUGGGUAUUAUGCAUGUUUAACAGGAGUGAGAUUUUAUCCCUAAAAGUGAGUGCCCUGGUGUGCUGAGAUUUUCAGUCUGUUCACCUGAGAUGCAGUUAAGGUGACAGUGAAUCGGAGGGCGGUUUUCUGGAAGUGACACUCCUGGGUACACGUAAGAGGAUCCACACAGGCUUGCGGCGAUCCGUCGGCUCUGUGGCAAAAUCCUCGUUUACUUCCUUGUUUACAUGAAUGAACGCUCGAGGUCCUUCACAGCAUUCCAUGGACUAACCCUUUCCCUUGUUAUAAAGUGUAGGUCAGUCUUUUGGGGGAAUAAAAAUAUACAUAUCACAUCACUGUGCCAGGAUUAGGGUGGCUGGUCUAACCAGGAAUUUUUCAGUUCACGUUGACCCUCAAAUGAAUCCAACAGUGUAUGAACCUGUGAGCGUGUUUGGAAUGAGAGAUCUCGAUAUCUCCCCCCCCCCCCAUCAAUUUACAUUAUGGAUUUCCCAGAAGUCCCCGGAAUGAUCAGACUGUUGAAGGGGAAUCAGUAUUUCGUUUCAUGGUGAGAUGUGAAUGUGACACGGUGGCCUUGAUCUAGCAGGUCAAGGAGAAAGUGAAGAUCUGGCGAGUGUUUGAAACGGAAGCCAAGGGAAAAGAUGGCAAGUGGGUCUCAGAACGCUGUGAUGGGUAGAACUGUGGAGGUGUGGAAUGGGAAAUGCUUUAGCAUUCUGAUGUGUUGAAGAUGGUUUCAGGUUUCCAGGAAAGUCUAGUGUUAGUUAUGUGUGUGUGUUUACACGUGACUUUGUCCUCAAACACUAAUGACAAGUUCAGCGUGUCCGGCGCCGAUCCAUUUUGCCAACCGUGGCGCUUAUCAGCUUCAUCGCCAUCGUACCUGGUGCCUUCCGUCCUGAUGCAGCUUCCGUAGCGUGUUUGCGGGGACGUGCGCUGUUAUUUUCCCUCGCUCUUCUUUAGCAAACUGUAAGUAUGUAUAGGAAGUACAACCAGCAAAGAGUUCUCUACCAUGUAGCAGCUCUCCCUUUGCUCAGCUGCCCUGCGUUCACUGCGACUUACAGGUCGAGUCGUGGACAUAAACAGGGCUUUUUUUUUUUUUAACUGUCAAAAAAGGAAAACGCAAGCCCCGAAAACAUCCAUGUGAAAUUCAACCAAAUGCAAAGUCUCAUUGUCUAGAAAUACACCCUUGGAGAAACCUGAUGUGUAAAGGCAGCAGUUUGCAUUCGUCAGAGGAAAAACUAUCAAUACUAGGGUGGAACAAAGGUAAAUAAAACACAAAAUCAGUCCCUUCAACUAAGUCAUGGAUCGUGAACCGGUGGAAACAAUUAUCUCCCAGUCCUUUAUUCCUGGAGUGUCUUUGGUUCAUUACUCUUGGUCUGUGUUGUAGAGUAGGCCAGUGUCCUCCACUCCUACUGAAGCUCUACCCAACAAAACCUCCCUUGCUUCCUCUGUAACGGCUCCCCAGCCAACAUAUUUUGGGAUGGAUGGAAUUACACUCUGUCAAUGUCAAAUUAAGUGAUCAAAGAACUCAAGAAAAUCUGUAACAGAGCCGCAAACAUCCGCUGACUUUAGGCAGGUUCAUCAGCAGUUCCUGCCAUAACUUUAUAAAUAAUUGGGCCUAAAGGGAGGUGAUAUGUGGAUUUUCCAUGAGUCUCAUGAUUUUUUUGGUGUGUGUGAAGUUUGUACUGUACAAUAUAUCCUCUUGUGUACACACAUACUGUCUGAAGAACUACUUACAUGAAUUUGCGGGGUAAAAUUGCUUACUGAAUUGACUUCGUGUUGAUGUUUUUUUUUAUAUAUAUACAAGGAAUCGUGAAAACUUGUCCUUCCGGGUUGUUUAAAUGAGACACUGAGUGCAUGAAUUCUGUAUAAAAAGAAAGUGCGGAAAUUGCAAAGAGCUCCUGGGCUGGUAAAUGCAGUUUCGUUCUCGUCACAUGACAUGGAACAGAAGUGUCCCUCCGUUACCUCCAUCGCCUGGCCCCUGCCCUUCGUCCAGGCCAUGUGACCCAACGAUGGCUAUGACCUUUGACCCGAGCUUCUUAGAGCGACAUGAUGAAUGAUUUGUCAACAAUUUUAUUCCAAUGGGUUUUUUUUUCCAGUUUUUAAGGCAGGGUGUAAAAGAUUGGCGAAUGUGGUUCCUUUGUGUGUACACAUAAGCUAGCAUUUGAACACUUUAGGUACCAAGUUAACUAUUACCUUUCCUACUGAAAUAAACCUACUUGAAUUAUUAAA